CCUGAUAGGUGUCAGCUCGCAAGAACCUGUCUCGGUUCCACCCUCAACGCGUUCGCGACGUCUCAUUUGGUCAGCCGUCCUUGGGCUUCGGGGCGGUGCACACAUACAUACACACAAGCCUUCUCGUGAACCUCUUCUAGUGGGGUGCCUGGGCGGCGUCGCACAACCUGACCGAUAAUCUACCUCCAGUUCCCCGAGGGCGCAACUGACGCCUUUCUUCCCUCACGCACACGCUGUGAUCUUCACGGUACCUCCUCGUCUCACUUGGUGCUUCUUGCUUGCUUCCUACGUUUCUAUCACGACCUGUGACGCACACGAUAAUGACCGUGGAAGGAGAAUCCAUCGGGAGAAGCGGGCUGAACGCGGGACCUGUCGAUGAUGUAUUGCACAUAGCCUCCUCACCUCUGUCUCCGGAGUCAACGAAGACGAGAUUUAUUGUCGAGCCUCAAGUGUUAAAUGCCGCACUGGAUUCUGAUGUGGGACGGACUUCAGGUGCGUCUGGAUGCCAUCCUGAAUGUCACAUUAUGAGAUCUCGGCACACGCACGCAUGUGCGUAUGUACCAGUCCAGACUGACAGCUGCGUAUUCUUCCCAGUAUCGUCCCCGACGUACCAGUCCGACGCCGCGCCCGGAGGCCUCCAUCCUCCACCGCGGCCGAGCAGCCGGAAGGGCAGGCCGCCGCGGUCGACCCCCUCCUCACCUGCGACGAGCGGGGAAUACCCCAAUCUUGCGUCGUUCCCGAACACACCGCUGUCGUCGCCAUACCGGAACUCCCUGGGCGCCCCAGCGGUCAGGUCGCCGCGCCUGUCCAACUUCCUGCGGGGAGACACGCUUCUGUCCACCUUGACACGGCGGGCGUCGCUGGAGGGGCAGGGCGACGAGUAUGACAUUAAAUUUAAGGAAGCGGUGGGACUGACCGCGCCGUGGUCGCCCCGCGACGCUGACCAGGCCGACUCGGGCUCCCCCGCUUCUCCUCUGGCGUCGUUGCCGUCUUCGCCUGAGAUGUUGCCCACGGCGCCGGCGGACGUGUCCGGGCCGCGGUCGUCGCGACAGAACCGGUACCUGUCGGGGCUGCAGAAGAUCACGAAGCUCGGGAAGGCGAAGGGGUCGUCGGCGGGCAGUAGGUUCUCGGUCGCGGUCGCGGACGCGAGCGUGCGCAGCUCGCGGCGGAUGAGCGACGCGGACAUCGACAUGCGGAGCAGCGGGAGCAGCACGAACUUGAAGAAGGGGGGCGGGGGGAGCGAGGACCUGUCGUCGCGGUACAGACGGAUGCUGGACAGGGGGGUGCGGACGGCCGGGGAGCUGAUGAAGGCGUCGGGGAGCGCGAGCGUGCCCAGCUCGCCAAUCUCGGCGGCCGUGAAGAACGGACCCGAAGGCGACGGACCUGGAGAUGGCGAUGGCGGAGUGGGACGCGGCGGAUCUGGGCUGAUGGCAGCUCAAACGGGUCGUGCGGGUUUCAGCAGCGUUCUGGGCGGUGCGGGGGUGAUGCAGUCUGCAACGACGGCGGCGUCGCCAUCCAGCUCAUCAACAGGGCGCAAGGGAGUGUACACGUCUGAGCGGACCGCGCAGGAUGGACGGACACGGCGGCAGUCGAUGCGAACCCCGCGGCCGCGGACGGGGCCCAGUUCGGAUACAGGCAUGCGCGGUUGGGCCAAUCCCGUUGCAGCGCACGGAGGCCCAUCACCUAGCAGCCAGCUUUCCCACGCGCGCCAUCAGUCCGCCAUGGCUGCUUCUGGUUCUCGUUCUUGGCCGAGCCUCUCUCCUCCCUCCGAAUCCUCGCACGAGCCACCUUCUUCUCUCUCCACCGAGCCCCGCAUCAGCAUCUCCUCUACCAUAUAUCCCUCCUCCUCUAAUAACCACUCCUUCGACAUUCCUUCAUAUCCUUCGUCUCCACCGCACGGCAGGUCCUCCUCCAUGACUCCCGAUCGCGAAUCCUUCAUCGACCUCGCAUCUCCCACGCUCUCUCCCCGCGCCCUCGACUCUCAGUACAUUGGUAUACCCUCCACAACCCAGCGUUCGCUCACAGAUCAGCCUAGUUCUACAUCUCGCCGCAGCGGCGAGAUCAGCCAUGUCAAGUCCCCCGUCCGUGCGUCAUCAACACCCUCUUCGCAGUCCGGAUCGACGAAACCCCGUUUGGCACCUAUCAUCCCUCCUUCGACUGGAUACGACAAACCGCCCAUUCCCACAGCUCCGAAGCCUGAUUUCAGCCAUCGCUCGCGCUCCUCACACAGGUCCUCCCCCGUUCGCACAAAGAAGUCGAGCCCCAUGUCGGCCUAUCCCGCAGACCACGUCGAUCUCGCCGACCCAGUUUUCUCCUCCUCCAACGCUCUAACCCCCAAGGAGCGCGCCGAGCGCAUCCGGACCACCCGCAAGCUCGCCCAGGUGUUCGGCCAGCCCCCCGGGGUCUCGCCCGUCGCGCUCGAGCCGGGCCAGGAGGUCGAGGUGCCCAACGGGUGCUUGCCCGUCCCAGUGCCGUUGGCGCUGAAUUUGAAUGCGAAGCGCAGGCAUCACAGACCUGUCAAUUCGCUGUCAGAAGAUGUCGCCAACACGCCCGUGCACGACGCCUUCGGCGCCAUCGUCUGGCCCCCGCCGGACGGUACCCGGUACGUCUCCCUCGCCGCGCACCGCCGCCAUUCUGCCCCGCUCAGCCCGGACGAGUUCUCGUUCGUGACGCGUCUGUCGAGCGACACCGACCGGUCGACGACGUCCGCCGGCUCGUCCGUCAUCCACAUCGGCUCCGCCCAGCACGACCAUGCAUCGGAGCGGGCGAGCACCGCCAGCUCCCGGCAGUCCCUCGCCCGGCCCGCGCCAGGGUCGCCGACAUCGUUCAUAGACCUGUCAGACGAGGAAGGCGCGGUGGCGGAGACGCCGAAGGUGGGCCGGGGACGCGGACAGCCCUUCUCGCCGUCCACGGCCUCGCUCGCGGAAAGCCUGACGUCCGACGAGCUCGCCGAGGAAGAGCGCCGUCGCAAGCGUGAAAAGCUCGCGAAGCUCCAUCGCUUCCUUGGCUCCCGCGUCCCCCCAGACCUCGUCCUCGGACCCCUCGACGGCACCCCGCUCCCGCCCCCUGCGCCGUCCCCGCUGGCCUCCUUCGACGCGACCGAGGACGCAGACGUCCGCAAGGUGAAGAUGAGGAGGCGCAGAAGCAGCUCCGCCGCCGAGUUCUCCCGCACGUGGUCCGACGAUAUCGACCGGCUCAAGCAGGGCCUCAACGAGCGCGAGAAGGCGAUCAACGUCCGUCGCGCAAUCAAGAUGGAAAAAAUGUUCGGCGUCGCGCCACCGCAGACGCUCUACCACACACGCGCCCCCACCGUCUCUACCCCCAACAUCGUCAGGGACCUCCACCGGCAGCCGUCGCCGAAGCCGGCCCCGAAGACACCCGCCUCACCCCCCUUCCGCUUCGCCACUAGCAACGCGCCGAAGACGAAGAAGAGCAAGCGUCCGGGCACGGGCGACUCGGCGAGCUCGGCGAGGCCGCUCAUCGCUCACGACGGGCUCCUUGAGGCGGGCUCUUCCUCGGUGUACAUCCACUACCGUCAUUCGCUGAACUCCCUAAGCGACAUUAUAGACAGGGACGACAAGGAAUCUCUUGCGGAGCUGCACGACUACCUGACCGGGAACGGAGAGCUCUAUUCUACGGGCGAGCAGUACGACUACCAGUUCGACGCCGCGGGCUCGUCCAACGCCAACAACAACGUACCGUCGCCCGCGCCCGCGACGCCAAUGUUCGGCGACGACGCCCCGGUCGCGUCCCCGUCCAAGGCGGAGCGGCGCCGCUCGCUCCCCUCCCGCGUCUCCGUCGCCUCGUUCUCGUCCGAGAUCAGCGCGCUCAUCGCCCCGACGCCGACCGAGGCGUCGUUCCAGCAGCGCCGCCGACGCGCGGCGAAGCUCACGCACUUCUUCGGCGUCGACUAUCGCGACCUCAUGAACGAGGUCCUGGAGAGCAUCGAGAAGGGGCUCGAGGAGGAGCGCGGCAAGGGCACCCUGAGGCCGGACGAGGUUAAGGACCUGCAACAGAAACUGGUGACAUUGAAGACGAGGCGGAUCAGUCUCGCCCAUUGAGCGGCUCGGCGGCCUCUUCUUUUCCAUUUGGCAUAUCUGUACAUCUCUACUGCGACGCCGUCUUGUUACGACCACGACUCUCAUGGGACUACCCCCUUGUGCUUCUUUGGCACGUUCUUGUAUACGACAUUAUCCGUCCCCCCCACGCCACGCUACAUAUACACAUAGAGUACACCGUUUCUGUAAUGUUCGGUGGCUGGCCCAGGCGUCGUCGUGUCCAGUGCAGUGCGCUCGCACGCCGCCUAUAUCACCACCAUCCCAUGCAUUCCUAAUUAUAUUAUCCUGUACAUUAUAGUGAUUGACGUUGCCUCAAACUCACGAUACCAGCUGACUGCCGCUGCCUUGUGUGAAUUUGCAAGCAAGGAGAGAAUGUGAUCGUUCAGAGUGCGCUGCGACAUGAACGAUACAGGACGAUGUGGGUGUGUAGUAGCUAAGAGUGGAAAUGUCCGUCCCAGCGAAUGAGCGAGCUCAGAGAACGACGAGGUCGCCCUGACAUGAGUGGCACCAGAAGAUGUGCGACUCGUCCAUGAAGACCGGCCGCUUGGCGGGGUGGGCGUGGACACGAGAUGGGGGCCUGGAGGACUCUGACGGCGGCUCGACGACGACGGGGAGCCCGCCCGGCUUGCUGCCUGGGGAGGAAGCGAAGCUCCGCGAGCUUCUCGACACGGGUCUUGGCGUAUGGCUCGACGCGGCGACCUCGCUGUCGAUACGCGCCUUGAGCAUGCUGAGGGAGACCUUGCGUUUGUGCCGCGUCUCGGGCGACAGGCCCUCAAACGCCGAUAUCGUCGCGGGCGGAGAGAUCUCCGCAGGGCGGUGCGACUGGAACGACGCCCUCCGAAGGUCGUCGGAGUGCCCAGCUGGUCGGCCCACGGUGCGCUUGGGGAGAGCUUGGGUCGACGAUGUGCGUGAAGACUGCCGCAGCGGCCGUAGUUGCGCGAGUUCGUCCUCUAGCAGUGCGAGCUGGCGCUGCAACGCGUGCACCUGCGCCUCGGCAUUGAAGACCGAGCUCUCCAGCGAACGCACCUGCUGGUGCGCUGCGGACAACUCCAGGGCGUGUUGUUGUUUCAGCGCACUGAGCAUCUCGGCGUCUAGGGACUGCGACUGCGACUCAUCUGCAUGCGAAGGAGGGGUGGAGGCAGAGGCGGCCUCACGGAGCCGCUCGAGCUCCUCAUCCUUCUGCGCAAGUUCUGCGCGCAGGGUCUCCAUCUCCGCCUGAGCCCGCCCAAGGAACUCGGACGCUUCGUUCUGGGCUUGUGUGCGUUCGGCCAACUCGGUGCGUAGCGCGUUGAUCUGCGCCGUUCGGGACUGGAGGCUAUCCAUAAGCCUGCGGACCUCUUCAACAUUGGAGUUGGCGACUUGGCGCAGCUUGUCGCGCUCGUCCUCGAGGUCUAAUACGCUCUUGCGCGCAGUCGUAAGUUCCGCUUGCAGUUCCGAGUAUGCCUGCUGCAGUUCCGUGGAGUCCUUUUGCAAAGCGGAGCGUUCGCUUUCCAAGGCGCUCCGAAGGCCAUCUCGGUCCCGCUCGAUGGACACUUUCUCGUCCCGCAGCUCCUCAAGACUUGUCUCCAGCUGAGCAAUGACGUUGUCACGGGCGUGGACGGUCUUCUCCAGGCUCUCGACCUUCUCGCUGAGCAUAAGCUUCUCGUCGGUGAGCUCGACAAUCUUCGGCCGCAUCUCGUCCAGCGAACGCAUCAGUCCGAUGCCCUCCGCUUGCAGCUCCUUCUGCGUCUUCUCGGCAUCUUCAGCCCGCGCCUUGGCAGCCUUGAGCUCAGCUUGGACCUGCUUCAGCUGACGGGCGUUAGCCGCCAACUCGGAGCCGAGCGCAGCGUGCUUCUGUUGGAGCUCAGAGACAAUGUUCUUAUUGCCUUCCAUCUCGGUCUGGAGGGCUGUGCGUUCCCCGAGGAGACUAUCGCGCUCCACAAUAACGGAUGAUAACUGCUCCUGCGUGGCGGAAUGCUGCCGCUCGACUUCUGCAUGCCGAGCCUGCCAGUCAGCUUCAGCCGCAGCUUUCUGUUGUAGUUGGUCUUGAAUCUGGUUGCGUUCAGCCUGGAGUGCCGCAUGGGCCUGACGUAGCUUGGACAGCUGGAACUCCAACUCAUCGGCGCGAUCUUGGGUGUUCUUGAGAGUUUCUUCCAAUCUCUCGGCACGGUCGUCGCUCUCGAUCUGCUCCUCCAGCUCGCGCACCCGCCGCUGAUAGUGCUCAGUCUGCACGCGCAGGUCGUGAAGGUUGCCGUUCAAUAGCUGAAUCUCACGUUCCUGAUCUCGCGACUUAUCCGUAAGCUCCUUCUCGCGCUCCGUUAGGGUGGCGAUCUUGGUGACGGUUGCUGCAGCCUCGGACUCGAGUUGGGAGACGCGUACUUGGAGCUUAGCGCUCCGUGACAGCUCGUCCUCCAGCCUCUUCUCGGUAUCUUUGAGGGUAGCUUCUGCAUGUUCCAACCUCUCCACUGCUAACGACAAAGAUGCUUUCUCGGAAACAAGGAGAGAUAUCGUCUGUUGUUGCUGAUCUACUCGUUCGGUGUAUUCGUGAAUAGAUUGGUGCAGAUUUUGAACUUGCUCCUGUAGCCUGGUCGAGUUCUGGCGUUCAGUCUGCAACGCUUUCGCGUUCUCCUGUGUAGCCCUGGCCAAGGUCGCAUUGAGCUCAUUCGCUGAUGCAGCGUGAGUGUCCCGUUCGGCCUUCAGGGAAGAGGCAGCAUCUUGCGCUUGUUGGAGCUGAUGUGAGAGCUGCUCCGAAUUCGCCCUUAUCUGUUCAACGGCCCUCUGAAGCUCUGCAGCUUUCGUCCGUUCAGCGUCCAGCAAUUCUUGCGUCUGACGCGCCUUGCUCUCAACUUGCGAAAGGCGAUCCAAUGACACGCUCAACGAUGCUUUCUCCGCCUCCAGUGCUUCGAUAGCUCGCUUCUGGUCCCGCACGAGCGCCUUCAGGUCGUCCCUGUCUCCAGACGCAGCAGCAGGAGAGGCAGCAGAGGGGGGAGGUUGCACAGCAUGCCGAAGAGAUGAUGCAGCAGAGGGUGCCGGAGGUGAGUCCGAGUCGACACGCGGAAGUCCAGAGAGCCAUGACGAGUCCACACCAUUCGUAGAGGGCACAGUCGAGAACAAGUCUGCCAUGUCGAUAUCCUGUUUCUUCACAGGUGGCGGUACGGGAUCCCUUGCUGGUACGGACGCAAGCGUAGGGGCUGCAGGAGCUUCGACAGGCGCGGGAGAGAAUGUCCUCGACGGCGCCGGGGACGCAGUGCGUGGUGCGGGUGACGCGACACGAGGAGUGGGAGGGCCUCCGCCUCCCUCGGCAGCCUUCUGUGCCUGCCUCUUCUUGAGCAGGGCCUUCGCACGGGCUGCUUUCGCGGCGCGAUCGUCUUCUGACAUGGUGACCUGUGCGUGUCUGACACGGGGUGGAAAUGCC